GAAAAUUGUGGCAAUGCCAAAAGUUCCGCCGCUCUCCUCGCCGCGCCGCCGCUGUUUUCCAGCUUUCGCUUCCUCCCCCGAUCCACGUCGUUCCGCCAUCAACUCUCAACCCUCAAACGCGCAGAUCGUAUCCAUACACACCGCACACGAGUAUCAUUGUAUGUGUGCCGCAUGAGAAACAAUAUCCCCACAGAUGCGCGUGUGAGUCGUGUCGUGUGCGUGUGUAGGGCAAUCAGCGCAAUGGCGGCGCGAAGCACAUUGGGCGCGUGCGUUUCUUUAUGUAUGUAACUGGUGUAAAUAUGGCUGCGUCCGAGGAGCGAGAUAAACAAGCGAGCGAUGGGCGAGCGACGCAUCUCGGCGGCACAGAGCGCACGGAGGUGAAUCGGCUGGCUCGGAUCUAUAAGGUGAACAACGACGGUGAAGUGAUGUAUUCGGCAGACGACGCGAGCGUCGAGUGCGUCGUUGUGUGCUAGGCCGCCGCGCACGCACAGAUUUGUUUUGGCACGGGGCGGCCAUGUUAUCGCGCUCGCGGCGAAGAUAAAUACGGCGCGGACGCCCGCGAGGCUCCGCACUCGACGCCCCAGUGCCUCGCUGAAGAAGACGGUGCGCGGUGCAUGUGCUGAGCGGUGAUACCUUGUGCAGUGUCCGAGCGGUUUUCACGCCGCCACCAUACACACAAAAAAAGCGCAGAGAGAAAGAUUCAGUGUCGAAAACUCGAAAAUCCGAUUGACUUUGAUUUGGUUUUUCCUUUUCGUUGAUGUUAUCCAGGAUGAGUACCCGACGCGAGCCUAACUAUCCGUUCAAAAGUGAACAUGUGUUAAACGACACUGCUUCAACAAUGGCAACCAAAGUGAGAGCCUUGAUUGGCACAUGGAAUGAGCUAGCUGUGCUGCAACCAAAGCCAAGCAAGGAAAGCCUGCAUAAUCUAGCCAAAUUUUUACUUUCACACACUUUGAAUAUUGUUUUAUCUGUUAAAUGGAUGAAAUAUAGAAAUGAAUAUCAUGCCCCACUGGAACAGAGUAUGAAGGACUGCAUGAAAAAAUAUGCAACCUAUCCAGAGUUUCAAAUAGUCUGCACAAAACUGUUAUCAUUAAUCAAAGGACCUUGGUCGAAGCCAGAAAUCAAGCAUAUGUUAUCAUCAGAGACUAUAAUUCCAACCAAAAAAGAAUACGACUUUUUCGUGUACGAAGAAUCCGCUUACAUUAUCUCGAUGCGACUGAAGAAACUCUGCGAGGAUAAAUGCGGCGACAUGGCGUUGAAUCUGACGCGUUGCUAUCUCAAAUGCUGUGACUGGGCUGAGGAGGAAAAUCUCAGCAUGUGCAUAUCCGAGAAUCAGAAGAAGUUCGUCUUCGACAUUUACCUCUCACUCUUGUUUCAGCAUGCUGGUACUGUUGAAAUGUCGAACCUUCUGAAAACCAUGGAAAUAAGCGAAGGUAUUGAGAUGGUGCGUCGGUUCGCCGCGAAAGUUACUUCGAAACUCUGGGAGAAUCACGUCAACAUCGCCAAGCUUUCCGGCACGAUAUUUCUGACGCGAUGUGUAAUGCUGCCCUUCGAAGAGUCUUCGCAUUAUCUCAGUGAGCUGCUGGAAGUGUGGUCUUCUGUGUUCAGUCAAGAUCGCGACGGUGAUGAGAUAAUUGCAUCACUGCGACGUGUCAUGAAGAAUGCCCUCACGCCUGCACAUAUGUACUUAUUCAUGGAUCAUCUUUCGAGUCGUUUUGGUGUCACAAUGCGGCCAUACAGUGUGGAGGUGUGCAUUCAAGCAAUCAACAGUGAUCUCAACUGCAUGGAGCGCGCAAAGACUGAAAACGAAGCGGAAACGACCGCCACGCGUCUCGAAGCGAUAUCAGUGCGCGUCGCGGACGGUUUUAUGCGUCUAGCUGAUCAGUUCGCUGAGAAUCUACACGUGGCACGCGAGUGCGUCCUUACCGCGUUCAGUAUCAUGCCAACGCCGCGUAUCUUCUCGAAAAUCGAGGAGAUGGCACGUGCGUCCGGCUACGAAGUAUUAGACACUGGCCAGUGGAAGUGUAAGUCACAUCCACCGCCGGAUCCCGCCGAGGAAGUGCUCAUCAAAUGCGAACAAUGCGGCGAAUACAAAUCCGAGUUGCAUUUGAACGAAGCGCUCAAACAAGCAACCACAUCGUUGAUUGAGUCGUUCAAAGUCAACAAUAUGGGUUUGCCUAGUGAACUCUGCGACGAUUUGGUGGUGAUUAUCUUUUGCGCGCGAUACCAGAUGCUUAGUUGGAGUCAGACGUGGAGCGAUUUGCAGCGGUUGUGUGUGAUGUACUUAAAUGACCCUGUAGGGACGAAAAAUCUCAUCACUGAGUUGAAGUUUGUUGAGAUUGACUACACACCGUUUAUGAUCAAGCGCGAGGCGGAAGAGUAUGUGAGCGGGGACGAACAGUUGGAACAAAUGGACUAUAUUGAGGAAAAUUUCCAACUUACGAACCAGAAAUGUGGUAAACGUGAUCGUGUGUUGAGUGAGAGCUCGUGUGAAAACUCAGAUUUAGAAGAUGAGCGUGUCCCAACGUUAAAGUCACAUUUGAGUACGGAUAAUACCGAAAAUUCAGAAAGCUCGGAUCAGCAGAUUGUAGAAAACAGUGAUAAAAAGACAGAUCCAAGUGUUUUGAAGGCUCUGAAGUCAUUUCGACGCAAGCGGGUUGAAAAUAUGCACGAAAUGGUGAAAGAAAACGGCCGUGAUGCGCUCGCGUCCGAUGCGAAUGAUGGAACUUCAGUGGACGCAGAGUAUGAGUACGAUACGUCUUCCUCGCCACAUUCCACGAUAACUGCUGCAACGACAGCACAAUUGUUGCCAGUGUCGCUGCAUCACUCGUACGCGGCGGUACCAAUGCCGCACACAUCUAGUCUGACAGGUACAAAUAGUAAUACGCAUAGUUAUAACUCAAAACAACCAAAGGUGGUCAAGCGGCGUAAGUGCUACGAUCCGCCGGAGAAGAAAUACAAGCAGGAGUUUGGAAAUUUUCAGCAUGAUGCUGAAAACUACGAGAUAGAUCGGAAGCGCCCCGUCGGCGCGUCAGACGGCGGCGACGGUGGCGUUUGCAUCAACACGUCUGAAACACAACCAGCUGAACCAGAGGUCGACACCGAGAAAAACUCGCACGAAACGUCUAGUCAAAAUUUAUUAGAGUUUUUUAAGAGAGUCUAUAAUAUUAAAGAGUGUAGAAUACUGUUGACCAGAUGCGACGACCUCAAGGAGAAUCGCAUCAUAAAUAAACGACACAAUCUUAAGAUACAAGUGAAGAGUAAACUUAAACAACUAGCAGUUGUUAAAACAUCGCGAUCAGUACGAAAAACACGACUUUUCAUUGAUCACAAACUGAAACUCAGGCCGAAAAGACGCGCGUCUGAAAAUGUCACGCGUAGUCAACUUGAGAAACACUUCGUCAAUUUUAAGAUUCCGCUGCAGCUCAACAACAAUCGACGAAUACUCCGCACUAGUAACGACGCCGAUGGUAAAAUGGAAGCUCUCAAGCAACGAUUGCUAAUCGGACCGAACAAGAUGAAUCCUGUGGUUGUUCUCAAACGUCUGGAAGAUUCCUGCAUGCGGACACUACUGUCACGAGUGCCAGGAUUUCAAGACACGCGGUUAUUUCGUCCCAGAGACACGGAUCGCAUCGUCAACGUCGUGCAAGUCGCUGGUGGACGAUCAACCUCGACGGUGCAAGCCCCGAAUACACAAACGAGUACGCAGGUCAGUCCGCAUAUCCAACGGAUUGGUCAACCGAGGAGUGAGAAGAGUGAUACGAACACAGAAGCGCCGGCGACGACCACCGCGGGGAAAACCUCGACGAAUACGUACACGAUAUCGAAACCAGCCGGAACGCAGUCGCAAUCGACGUUAAUAAACAUUCUUUCCCAGCAAAUCAUUCGCCCGACGAAUAGUAAUAAUAACACGCGCCGGAGUGGCUUGAUUAAUAUUAUCAGUCAGCCAGCGAUUAAAUCAACGGCCAACACGGGAAACACGACGGUUACAAGUGAUGCGGGAGUUACACAGCUAAAUAGCACAACGACACGGAUAAUAGCGACGUCCUCCGAACAGCAGCAGCAAAUCUUGAAUCAAAUCGUGAGUUCAAACCGGGCGGGUGGCACGGUGAAGGCGGUUGUCGGUACGUCUAGUUCGGAGCCGGGUCGAAUAGUCCAAUUCAUAUGUAAGUCCACAGAUGGUAAGCUAAUACCAGUGACGUCGUUCCCGUCGAAUCGCCUACUUAAAGUGGGCACAGCCACCACGGUGACCACUUCAGAUGCGAACAGCAAUGUGGCCGUUGAAGUAGCGGCAGCGAAAAAGGCAGACGAGUCCUCCGUGGCGGAGGCCCUGCCAAAAUUCCAGCAGGCGUUUGGUAAGUCCGUUUACCAGAACACUAACAGUACGGAUGGUACUAACAACGCUUCCGCAACUAACAAUACUGAUAUAGCUGAUAAGAGCAAGCAACUAACGCAAGUUAAGGUGACUGCCUCGACCGGCACGCCGACGGCGACGGUUGUGUCGACCGCAAUUAAUGUGCAACCGCUACAGGGGAGUGUGAUUUACACACGGCAGAUGCCCGUGGGGCAGACGAUUAAUCUGAUUCAGCAGAAUCGUGGUCAGGUGUUCCGCAUUGCCACCACCAAUGCCGAUCAGAUUUCGUUGGUGAAAGAUGGCGCGAUUCAUAGUAAGAUGAGCGCAUUGCUCGCGGCCGCUUUGCAGGGCAAGCCAAAGAAUGCCGAUACAUCUGUGGUUACGACUGGGGAUGAUGCCAGCGAUGGUGCAGCGACAACCACUACACGCGUGCAGAUCGCGCGACCUUCCCUGGUGCAAAACGCGCGGAUUGUCAAGCCGGUGCUGCAGAUGACGUCGAAUGUUAUUCGAACUCCUCAAACACAGGCGGCGAAUCAACAGGCGCAGACAAGUCUAAGCAGUACAACUUUAGAACAACUGCGCGAGUUUGACAUGGUUUAUAAGCAAGUCAAAGAACGGAGUAGUACUUCCACACCGGCGGAUACCAGCGCAACUUCCAGCGAGACCGAGUCUUCGCCGCAGCGCAUCAAUGUGACUUAUUUGAAUCAAAGUCAAAAGAUUAACUGUUCAACACCGGUGGUGGUUGUGAGCAGUUACAGCAGCCUGCAACCGGCGGCUUCGCCUGCCCUGAGUGUUGCAUCACAGGGUAGUUCCAGUCCUUGUGUUACACCUGCUCCCACACCGACUCCAGUGCUUCCCAAAGUGUCUGGCAAGACAGCCAAGACUAGCGGCGGUAGCAGUAGUACUAGUAGUAGCGCGGGUAAAACAGUAAAGAACCCACCGAUGCACGCGGCGAAAACUUCUCCCAUUCCCAAACCCCAGCAGAAACCACAAGAAGAUGAACACACAACGCAGAGGAUAUUCGAUAUUCUAGCUGAGUAUGCUGAACAACUGCGGAAUUCGCCUGAUUUGAAUAAUAAACCAGCGCCGCGGCGGAGAUCCAACCCGCCGACGAACCCCAGUCAAAACUCUAAGCGUAAAAAGAGUUCAUCUUCGAAGAAAACAUGCGGUUCUAGUCUUUCAACUGAAGUGGACAUGGAAGAUAAUAGAACCGUUGGGAGUGAAGACAGUUCUUGUGGAGUUGUUCAGUUGUCCAUGCAGGAUGAUGAUCAAACGCCUACGGCUGCAAGUACUUCGGAGUCGAAUGAUUCUACUAGUCAUGUGGUUACACCACGCGCGCAAAGUCAUCAACAGUUGAUACUCACCGAAGCGUCGCAACAUCAAACACGUAAUUUGAUCAUUGCUGAUUCAAGUAGUGUGGGCGAGGCGUUAAAGAUGCCUAACACUGCUGUGUUAGUACCGGGGAAUUAUAUUAUGCCGGUGUCAAUGGUCAAAGGUGGACAGCAGAUUGCUGUGAUGUCCGGUGGUAGUAAAAUUCUAGCGACGGUUCCGGCACGUUCCGGGCCGAAUAUGCUACUCUUUCAGAGCUUCCUCAAUCAGAAUAGGAAACCUGGCAUUGCGACCACUGCGUCAACGGUGAAAUAUUCAACGAUUCAACCGAUUUCCGGUAUUACAUCGCAUACAAUCUCGGGGGUGAGUGCACAACCGCCGGUUAUUCUUCCGCCGCCAACUGUCACCCUGGGACAGCCAAUUGCGAUUAAGAAAUUGGAUGAUUCCUCCGAGCAACAGCAGCAGCAGUUACUGUUGACGAUUUCACAUCCGGCUAGGGAUGUAAAUUGUACGAAUGUUGAUGCAGAGGGGGUUUCGCAGCCGGAUAGUAGUACUAGUAUUGGGGGGAAGUUAGAUUUAGACGAGAACACUGCCAUGUCGUCGUCGGACAGCUCGUCGGAGAAGGCCUACGUUUUUCAGAAGCAGGCGACGCCAAUUGCUACGCCGGUGAUUGCGCAGGCCAUCAAGGACGAGAUCAAGGGGGAAGCUGAGCCACAGGAAACAAUUAUGACGCUUGAUAUUAAUAAUCCUACGUUUUCAAAAGUGGAAUCUCACACAACGCCAAAGAAUGAAGAACGAGUUCAAUCAGUAUUAGUCACCGCCGGGACGUCGAAUGGCCCUAUGCUGUCGCACAGUCCGCCACAGUACAAACAAUCCGAUUGCAGCAAUGGAAAUGAACAAAACAAGGACGAAUUUUUGCGCAAUGGAGGAAAACGAAGUGAUAAAGUCCAAAGCACAGUCUUCUGCGUGCAAGGCAAAGUGAAGAAGACAAUUGGCUCGCGUAUGGACCGCGAGGUCCAACAGAUGUGCAUGCAGCGUCGACAGGCCGCCAUCGAACGCGAGUUGCGUCUUCAGAAGUCACUCUCCGAGGAAUGCGAAGAUCUCGGCGUGGACGAGCCGAGCACAAGUGAUCUCUUCCCUGAGGCAUUGCUCUUCGACUCGAAUAAUUCACCCAGUUUCGAUCAGACCUCCCAGGACAACUUGAAACGCUCCCAAAUCGCUGAAAAGGAAGAGAAUAAACUAUCGUUAUUCUCUGAUGAUGAUUUCAUAUUUGAAACGAGUCAUUACGAUGAAGGUAACGAUACACAAUUGUGUUAUGAAGAGGUCGUGGACUCGCGGAUAUUAUCAAACGGUCAGGGUGGUACAGCUGAAGACACCACUCUGCUUCAGACGUGCACAUCAAUGUCUGAUGUCACGCUGAGUUCACCGAUAUCUCCUGAUAAUUUCAGAGCCACCACAUCGCCACCUCUGAAUAAAUACAUGCAUAAAUACACGAAUAAAAAGAAGAAUGAAAAACAUGAGGUUGUCAAACAGGUGGAUGCAGUUGAUACUUGGUCAGCGGAGGUUUCCAGCUCGGAAGACACAAUGGGCAGCACAGACUGCAAGCAUGACGACAACGAUGAUCUGGACGCUGACGCAGAUGAUCAUCAUGAUGUCUCCGAAGAUGAUUUGUCUUCGAUUAACGCUGGAUCUUUCAAAGUCGUGCGCAUUAAUGUCGGUAAAACCGAAUGCAAUGAAGUGCACUGCUUCGCCGAGGAGGAGAUCGAACUGGAUGGAUCUAUCAGUGGACGUGGAGCGCGGCGCACCAUCAAGAAGAAGUGCUCGUGUUGCAAUGGUGCUGAGGAGACCAGCACGCUGAAUCUGAACGUGAAUGCAAACACGCACGGCACGCCGAAUGCGAAUACCAACGCUAGUGUGAAUCACAGCGCGACGAGAAAACGCGUGGCGACCACGACGCCCCAGCACGCCGCCAGUCCGCACAAGAAGGCCUUCCCGAACAAGAAGAGAUAGUGUGUACCGGUUUGUAAUCUAGCUUAAUACUAAACAAGAAAACGUGCCAUGCGAGCCGUGGCGAGCGACAAACUAAUGUAAAUUGUUGCACUUUAGUACAAAUCACAAAAUGGCGGACACAAAUAUCACGGCGGACAUUUUGUAUAGUUACAAUUACAUUUUAACAUUACAUUCCCACACACACCGAGAUGAACUUGAGCAGCAGCUGAAAAUCUCGACGAAAUCUAUUGGACUUUGGUUCCACAACGAGCACGAAACUCGACUUCGUGACUAUUACCUCUUGUAUAAAUACUUAACGUAAUAUUAUAUUGAACAUAAUGAAAAUAUUUGAACAUAUUGACUUGGUUUGAGAUUCGAUGAUAACACAAAUUUAAGCGAGAAAAAAAUCGCCGUUUGAAGUCAGAAGUUGAAUUAAUUAAUGUACAUUCUAAUCAUAAAUCAUAGCGCAGAGUGAGUAACACGUGCAAAAUGCGAGGAUGAGUGCAAAGUAUGCAAUUCUAUACAUACUAAUCAUGGUUUUGUUCUGAUUAUUCUGGAUCAGGAGUAAGAUAAAUGUGCAGUUCUGUCGAUGUAAAUAUAUAAGUUGUAAGUCUAGUGGACAAAGAUUAGCAUUUUUGGCUAGAGUGAUGCGUUCGCCGCAUACCAUAUUACGCAAUAAGUUUUGUAAAUGAUAAAUGAAACACGACGCAGUCUCCCUUUUUCUCGAGCGUAGCGUUCUAUUAGAUAUUAGCGAAUAAUUUAAAAUAAUUGAUGAUUUAAUCAUCGGACGACUUCUUGAGGUAAAUGAAUCUUUAAGUUGUAUCUUGGUUCGCGUACUUGUACUGUAAAUUAUUGUUUUGUACUUGUAAAAAUUUUCGCGUUUGUGUUUUGGAUUAAAUUCAAUCUACUUUUCGAACAAAUCGUACUAGCAUGCAAGACAAAAACUACACACACACACACACACGUAAAUGAAGAGAAAUCUCAGAACUAUUGGAAUUUAAUCUUACUAACGAUAAGAUCAUUGUGCAUAUUUUAGCAAUAACGUAUCAGUAUUUUUCUUAUAAUAACGUUUGUUUCUAGGCAAAUGUUUCGCGCAUCAAAUUAGCGCAGUGAAAAUGAUAUUCGAGCGAUUUGGGAGGCGAAGAAAAUGAUAAAUAAAUGUUUUGCAAUCGAAACACACACUUAAUGCUUGACAGGAUGAACUGGAAGAAUGAAAAUAUGUAACUUAAUAAUGGUUUUUCUUGGUUGCUUUCUGUGCAUUCACUAAGUUUGCAAUUUGAUCAAAGUCGAUGAAAUCAAAACCGAAAACUUUGUUGUGAGUGGAGGUGAGUGCCAAAUUUUGCGGAGCAUUGACGCUAGAGCAGCAAGCACAUCUAUUUCGACGCAUUUUGGGCGCUGUACAAUUUGUUGAAAACGAAUUGAUAAGUGACUUACCCGAUUGUAAUUGUAUAACGGUCGUGCAAAGGAAGGACACAUUUCCAAUUCCAAUAUCUCAUUAUUGUUAGAUAUACUUAAGGAUCUGAUAUCGGAAGUUUUAUAGGCAAUUUAUCGUUUUAGACGUCCCGGAAGUUUCUAGCUUGUUUUACACAUUGAUAUUUGAUCGGUUUCAUUAUUUGAUGUCAUCUUCCCCUCCCCCUGAUAUUUAAUAUUUAAAGAGUAAUAAAUUUAUUAGAAAAUUA